GCUGACUGUAUCCAUCUCCAGUUCUCCACUAUAUCCCUACACAAAGUGAUCGAGGGAGGGGAGACCGAAGACGAAAUGGCCGGCAGCGGCGGCGAGAAGAAGGGGGCGGCGUCGGCGAUGUGCACGCCGGCGUUCGCGUUGCGGGUGAUGCGGAGCCGGUGGUACGUGGUGUUCGCGUCCAUGGUGGUGAUGGCUGCAUCGGGCUCCACCUACAUCUUCGCGCUCUACUCCAAGGAGCUCCGCUCCGUGCUGGGCUACAACCAGCAGACGCUCAACACGCUGGGCUUCUUCAAGGACCUGGGCACCAACGUGGGCAUCGUCUCCGGCCUCGUCCAGCAGGUCGCCCCCACGUGGGCCGUUCUCCUCAUCGGUGCCGCCAUGAACCUGGGCGGCUACCUGAUGGUGUACCUGGCCCUGACGGAGCGCACGGCGGCGCCGCCCGUGUGGCUCAUGUGCAUCUACAUGUGCGUGGGCGCCAACGCGCUCACCUUCUCCAACACCGGCGCGCUCGUCGCCUGCGUCAAGAACUUCCCCGAGAGCCGCGGCAUCGUCAUCGGCCUCCUCAAGGGCUUUGUCGGGCUCAGCGGCGCCAUCUACACGCAGCUCUACCUCGCCAUCUACGGCGAUGACGCCAAGUCGCUCGUGCUCCUCAUCGCAUGGCUCCCGGCCGCCGUGUACAUCUUCUUCGUGCACACCAUCAGGGUCUUGCCGUACCGGAGGCGUGCCGAUGGGGAGGAGCCCAACAGCAAGCCCUUCUUCUGCUUCCUCUACAUCUCCAUCGCGCUCGCCACGUAUCUCCUGGUCAUGAUCGUCGUGCAGAAGCAGGUGCCAAAGUUCUCCCAUGCCGCUUACGGCAUCGGCGCCGCCGUGCUGCUCCUCAUCCUCUUCUUGCCCCUCGGGGUCGUCAUCAAGGAGGAGUACAAGGCCGUGUCCCAGCUCGAGGAGGCCCUCCAGCAUCCUCCCACCAUCGCCGUCCAAGAACCUUCUAAAGAAGACGAUGAGCCGGCGUGUGGCAUGGGAGGAUGCCUCACCAACAUGUUCAAGCCGCCGGCGCUGGGGGAGGACUACUCCAUCAUGCAGGCGCUGGUGAGCGUGGAGAUGCUGGUGCUGUUCGUGGUGUCGGUGUUCGGCAUCGGCGGCACGCUGACGGCGAUCGACAACAUGGCCCAGAUCGGGCAGUCGCUGGGCUACCCGGCCAAGAGCAUCAACACCUUCGUCUCCCUCAUCAGCAUCUGGAACUACGCGGGACGCGUCGGCGCCGGUUACAUGUCGGAGUUCUUCCUGGCACGGUACAGGUUCCCGCGCCCGCUGGCGCUCACCGCCGUGCUCCUCGUCUCCUGCGUCGGCCACCUCCUCAUCGCCUUCGGCGUGCCGCAGUCGCUCUACGCCGCGUCGGUCAUCAUCGGGUUCUGCUUUGGCGCGCAGUGGCCGCUGCUCUUCUCCAUCAUCUCCGAGGUGUUUGGCCUCAAGUACUACUCCACGCUCUUCAACUUCGGCUCCGCCGCCAGCCCCAUCGGCGCCUACGUGCUCAACGUUCUCAUCGCGGGCCGCAUGUACGACGCCGAGGCGGCAAGGCAGCACGGCGGCCAUGCCGCCGUCGGGGACAAGGUCUGCAAGGGGGUGAAUUGCUUCAAGCACGCUUUCCUCAUCAUCACCGGCGUCACGCUUGCCGGCGCUCUCGUGUCGCUGAUCUUGGUCUGGAGGACGAGGAGCUUCUACAAGGGAGACAUCUAUGCCAAGUUCAAGGUCGCGCCGGCCACGGUGGUCGACGCGAGCGACAACGAGAUGGUGGAGGGUACAGGGGAGGAGGUGAGCCAGGGCAAGAAGAAGAAAGAGGAGGAGGUUCAUGAAGAGGAGCUCAAGUGAUGAUGUCUAACUCAUACUACUAGUUUUCAAAUGUUUAGAGAAGAUGGAGAGUGGAUGAAUUUCUGCUCUCUGCGUGAACCUUCACUGCUUGUGGUCGUUUCUGAUGUUAAUUUUCUAAUGUUAUACUCAUUCCCUGCUGAUUGUAUGUCUAAAUUGGUAUGUAUGAUCAGGCAUGUGACCAAAAAUUGCAGCAACAGUUGUCUCGGUGUC